UUAAGAUUGCAAAACGAACUUUUCCUUUAACGAACCCCUCAAUGUAACCAAUUAUGUUCGUUAUUCAAGGGUCCACUGUACCUUUCUGCUCUAUUUCCUGCCACAGUGAGAUGUAAAUUUCCUUUGUACUGUUUGGUGGGGUGUAUACUACUCCCAGUUCUACUGACUGUGGUCCUUCCUUAAUAUCUACCCAUAUCGACUAUGUUUUGCUAUCUUUUUUAAUUCUACUAUUAGUACAACACUAAUGUGUCCCUAAUGUAUAAUGCGAUGCCUCUUCCUCUCCUGUUUUCCCUGUCUUUAUGGAACAGUGUAUAACCAUCUAUCUUAACCUCUGGAUUAAAUACUUUCCCUGACAUAUCUAAUCAAGUUUCUGUUAAAGCAAUGAUAUCAAGUUUCUCUACACGCCAUUCCCCUAAGCAAGUCUAUUUUAUUCAAAAUACUUCUACAGUUUUUAUAGUAAACACUUAAGCUAUUUAUUACCUUCUCUGAGCUAGUUACCUUUCUAGAUUUAACUAAUUUGUCUUUCAUUUUGACCUCAUAACCUCUUCUUCCCUACUGACUGAUGAAAAAAGCGCUGGAGUCCAGUUACUUCCCACUCGAGUAUUGUGGCCUAAACCCAGGCACCCUGGCAUGAUAAAUGCACUCCAUCCCGGAUUUACAAGGAAUCCCUACUCUAGAAGAGGUCCCAAUUGUUGAUGAAUGUCUAUUCAUUACUUACAAUGAUUCAUGAGCCUGCAAUUCACUGUAAUAGCCCUGGACAGCCAGUCACCACUAACGCCCUCCUCAGCAAGACUCCACAUACCACAGGAAUCCCUCCCUUGUCCCUAGUCCUCUCCAGAACCUGUCAAAACUUCCCGAACAGCUCCUCACUCCUGACCUUACCAAGGUCAUUCCCUCCCACAUUGAGAAAAACAAUGGGCUUGGUCCAAUAAUUUUCCAAGUGUCUAGCCUAUCAGCAACCUUCCCUAUCCCACGCUCCCAGCAAACACACCCUUGACCUACGCUUCCUGUCUCUGACACAAAACGCACUAUCUAAGUGCCUAACCUGACUAUCACCAAGUACAAGCACUCUACCUUGGGGCAGGUUAACUGUGACUGCAAGAUGAUACAGUAAAAUCCCUCUCAUCCGGCAUUCAAGUAUCCGGCACAUUUUUCCCCAAGCCUUAAAAUCAAUAAAAAAUCAAUGUGUCCUCAUAAAAUUGAUUAAAAUUCCUGCGCGAGGCAUACUUUGUCCCCUCGCCAGAGCGCACUGCUUCGCACCAGCCACGGCCCACUGCACUGUGUUUACUCAGUGACUCAGUCCUGCGUGUGCACUGUUUAUCGCCUGACGCCUUCAUCAUGCCCAAAGUUGUAGAAAGAGGAAGCAUGUUGUGCUUACACUUAAGCAGCUGAUCAGAUCAGCUGCUGAUUAAGAUCAGCUGAUCUUUGUUAUGGUGACUGGCCUCAUGCCUUCCGCCAUGUGCCUCGCAGAAAGCUCCAGUUACCUCCUUGGAACCAGCAAAUAAAGGAAGAAGCGUUACUAAAAAAGAUACAACGGAGACAGAGAAGUUCAAGAAACCACUAGUGGUCAUCAAAAGUGGUGAUAGUCAAUCUGGUUCCUUACUGCAUCCCAAAGUGCAUAAAUUGUUUUGAAGGGUAAGUACCUGGAAAUAAUGGAAUACAUGAAGGGUACAUGACAUGGUCAGUGUGUAUGGGUGAAUUGUACAAAAAGAUGUUUUAGGAAGAAUAUUGUCAUGUAAGAAAUUAAUUUAAAUCAAGAUUAAAGUAUUAAAUAUACUUUUAAAUGUAAAUGAGAAAUAUGAAAUGUAUGAACAUAUAAUUAUUUUGUUUUAUUGUACAUUUAGCACCUAGUAACAAUUAUUCAGGACUGAAUAGCUAUUUUUAUUAUAUUCAAAAUAGACCUAAAAAUUUUAUUUAUAUGUUUUCAGUCUUAAAGCUAGAGAGAAAUGUUUUUUUUUAAUUAAGCAGCCUAGAGGCUAAGGUAUGCAGUAUGUAUUUCUCAAAAGCUCCCAGAAGAGUGCAUGAGGCUGAAUCUUAAGAAAAUUAGUCACUCCACAGUAAGCUUUUCUUGGUUCACCUUAUGUUUUGACAGUACAAGAGGGGAAGGAGUUGAUGAUGAUCAUAACUGCCAUGUUUGUUAAAGAUUCUUUAAUCCAUACAUCUGUCAUGGCCUGAAUCUGGUUUCUGCUUUAUAUUUGUGAAUAUAUUGACUUACUUAUCUGACAAAACCCCUUCCUUCAGUGUAGUUUUUUUUUAGAUCAGAUUCACUAAUGUAACAGGGUUUCUGUAUUUCCUGUUCAUCUAUCCAGUUAUUUGCAUCUAGAACUUCUUCUUCUUUGCAUUCUAGAACUUUUUUUUAGUUAACUAAAUUUCUGCUUACUGCAAUAAAUACAAAAAAAUUUCUUACUGCAACAACUACUAGAGAAUUAUGCUUAUUGCAACAGGUACAGAAAAUAUUUCAACUUAUUGCAACAGGUACAGAAAAUAUUUCAAAGUCUGGCUAUCAAUCCUCAUAGUGAACAUUUAUUUGUUAAUGAAAUUCACUGAAAAUAUGAGGCAAAGACUAGCCAAGCAGUAAUAUUAACACAUGCAGGCUGUUCACUUGAAGCAGCACAGUCACAUACACAUCUCCAAGGGAUGUAAAAAGCAGGGAGCAGUCACAUACUAAGAGUGGGAGGGCUCAGCCAUACCAUAAAUCAACCCAUUGGUGAUGUGACUGUGUCGUCUGCUUUGGGUGGGAAUGGAGAGGCCACCUAAAUUCCACAUCUAGUCUUUUGCUUCACUGCUUCUGUCUAACAUCUAACAAGGUGUGAAUCAACCUCAUCCAACCAGAACACUCAACUUUCUCUUCAACCUCAACAACUGGUGACCCCUGGACAAGAAACUACUCUUCAGCAAUGGAAGAAGAUACCAAGCCCAGCAAUGCAAAACCAACCGUUUCCACCGUCACAGUGAAGCUGUCACCCUUCUGCGCCAGUGAGGCUGCAUCAUGGUUUCGGCGAGCAGAAGUUCAGUUCCGACUGAGGAAAGUUACAAGCCCUCAAACCAAGGCCGACUAUGUACUGGAAGCCAUCCCUGAGACAAUUUUUCCUCGCAUCACAGCAUGGCUGGACAACCAGGACAAAGAUGUCAUCGACGACCUCAAGCAGUAUCUCCUUCAAAGAGUUCACGAUCUCCGUCAGCGCCUGGCUCCGACGUCUUCUAAAUCUUCGUCUAACACCUCUGGGAGACACCACAGCACAUGCAGCAUGGAAUGAGAUGCAAGCUCUAGCUACACUACUUGAACAUGACUCUACUACUGGCAAACCACAGCGGGUAGACUUGCUGUGGGAGCUGUGGCUGCAACGUCUUCCCUCAUCUGUGAGAGCUGCCCUACACGAAGCUGAUGACUGCCCCGUGGAAGAGCUCAUAAAUAAGGUGGACAAUCUUAUCAAUACCGCAAAAGCGUCCUGUGCCCCCGACACUAUCUGCCCUGCCUUAAUUGACAACCUGCCCAACACCAAUGCUGCCAGGCCACCUGUUUGCAAGUGGCUGCCCGACAACCAGACGUGCAACUGCAAACCAGGAGUUUCCAGCCAACAUGGACAGCAUGGACUGUGCUACUACCAUCACAAAUUCGGAGCUGGAGCUUGCAAAUGCACCCCAGGUUGCCAGUGACCAAAAAACUGUUAAUGAGGCCACCACUGACCACAGCAGUGGCCUCUUCGGACCCCAAGCCUGGGAAUAUCAAUGCGCUUGCUUUACCAGCCUCUGGUUUCUUCAUCACAGACAUCUUAUCUGGCCGUAAGUUUCUGGUGGACACAGGCACUUUUUGUUUCCUGUUUCCAGUCACAGCAGAGGACAGAAACUGCCCUUUGACACACUGAUUAGACAUCAAGCUCAUCGCAGCCAAUGGAAGUACAAUUCCCACCUACAGCACCCGCACCAUCCCUAUCCAAGCAGCCGAACGCAGCUUUUCUUGGGAUUUCGUCAUCGCUGAUGUCAAGACGCCUCUCCUAGGAGUGGAUUUCCUGAGUCAUUAUGGAUUGCUCAUUGAUGUUGCCAACCAUAAAUUGCUGGAUGUAGCAACAUUCCGCUCAGCUCCUCUUGGCUCCCACUGCCGACACACAGAAAUCUGUUCAUUGAGAAUAGAUAUCCUUUACGACAUGCUCAGACAAGAAUUCCCUGAAGUAUUCCGCCUAGAACUCCAUCAGCAGCAUGGUCACUCAUCAAAACAUGGAAUUUUCCACUACAUCAAAACAACGGACCCCCCCAGUUCAUUCCAAGUUUAGACAGCUAUCCCCUGAAAAACUUCAAGCAGAAAAACAAGCUUAAGCCGACAUGGAACAAAUGGGCAUAUGUCAGAAAGCCUCAAGUCCAUGGGCAUCUCCUCUUCACCUCGUCAAGACAGCUGAUGGCACCUGGCAGCCCUGUAGCGACACUACAGGCAACUUAAUCUUUUUACAGAACCAGAUCACUGGCAAUUCCCAACAUGGCAGACCUUAUCUCCAAUCGACAUGGGGCCAAGAUUUUCUCCAAGCUUGAUCUCCUGAAAGGGGUAUUUUCAAGUUCCAGUUUACCUCAAAGACAUACCCAAGACAGCAGUCAUCACACCCUUUGGGACUUGCACAUUCAAUUACUCCACUUUUGGUCUUCGAAAUUCAGGGGCAACCUUUCAGCACCUAAUAGAUGGCAUCCUCAGAGACCUUCCCUUCUGCACCUGCUAUGUGGACAACAUACUGAUCUUCUCCAAGAACUCAGAGGAACAUCUCCAACAUCUCCGAACUGUUCUGCAGCAACUACAGGACAAUGGCCUGUUUGUGCAUCAGAACAAAUGCCAGUUUGGCGCUACAUCAGUGGAAUUCCUUGGACACCAGAUAUCAUCCACCAGUGUCUCCCCCCUUUUGGGUAAGGUGCAUGCUGUUUCAAAAUUUCCUUGUCCCACCACCAUCAAAGGACUCCAAGAAUUCAUCGGUAUAGUAAACUACUACCAUUGCUUCCUGCCGAACAUUGCCCAGAUCAUGGAACUGCUCUACAGUUCUCUCGUUGGCAAACCAAAAGAGCUGGAAUGGGGACCAAAACAGGAAUGAGCCUUCAAGGACACAAAGGCCGCCCUCACCUCAGCUACAACUCUUUCCUUCUUGUGCCCCAGCACUCCUCUUACACUGACCACAGAUGCGAGUUCUGUUGCUGUUGGAGCAGUCAUUGAGCAGACCAUCAAGGGUACGACACAACCACUGGGAUUCUUCAGCUGGGAACUCCGGCAAGCAGAAACAAGAUAUAGCACAUUCGACCAUGAACUACUGGCUGUCUACCUCGCUGUUCACCACUUCAAACACCUCCUAGAAGGAAUCCCAUUCAGCAUUCGUACGGACCAUCGCAUACUGGUUCAUGCUUUCUCCAAACAGGGUGAUGCUUGGUCAGACCAACAAUGGCCAGCACCUCUCCAGCAUUGCUGAGUUCAAUUGCACCAUUGAAUACACCCCAGGAAAGAUGAAUCUGGUGGCCAAUGCCCUCUCAAGAGUGGAAAUAAACUCAGUCUACCUCGGAAUCAACUAUGAAGAGAUAGCAACUGCUCAAGAGAAUGACCCUGAGACUGCAGCCUACCGCACUGACAUAACGAGUCUGCGAUGGGAGGAUGUUGCCUUUGGAGACAGGGGCCAUACCAUCCUCUGUGAUGUUAGCACCGGUUGUCUGCGACUUCUCAUCCCGGAGCCCCAACACAGCAAAAUUUUCAAUGUUGUCCAUGGUUUGCCACACCUAUCUGGAUACUCAACUGCCCAUCUCAUAAAGGAAAAAUUCAUUUGGCACGGAAUGAAUAAGGACAUAAGGCAAUGGGCCCAAUGCUGCAUUACCUGCCAGACAAGUAAAGUUGGCUGCCACACUGAGUUGGGGAUAGGAGACUUCCACCAGCCCAAGUGUCAUUUUGGACAUUCAUGUCAACAUGGGUGGCCCCCUUCCACCAUCAGAUGCCUCACAGUACCUCUUCACCACUACAGAGUGUUCCACACACUGGCCAAAAGCAAUACCCAUGACAAAUGCUACCGCACGAGAUUGCGCUGAGGCCCUCUUACAUGGAUGGAUCAGCUGCUUUGGUGUUCCAGACGACAUUACUUCUGACUGGGGCCAUGCCUUCAUCUCUCAGCUGUGGACGUCCCUGGGAGAGUUGAUGGGGACAAACAUCCAUUGCACCACGGCCUACAAUCCAGCAACCAACAGCAUGGUGGAGCGGACCUACUGCACCCUAAAACCUGUGCUGAUGGCACACUGUACCUGACCAGAUUGGAAGGCCCAACUACCCUGGGUCCUCCUUGGGAUGCGGUCAUCACUGAAGGAGGGACUGCAUGUUUCCCCAGCCGAGAUGGUUUUUGGAGAAGCUCUUGUUGUUCCAGGAGAAUUCUGUCCAUCAUCCAAUACAGCCGUUGAUGACAACAAUCUCGCCAGACUACGGCACACCGUGGGGAAGUACCAGUCAUGUGUCCAAACACACACGACAUCGCCUCCAUGAUACUUCCCCAAAUCACUAAACUCCUUUAAGUAUGUCUUCGUAAGGUACAACGCUUACAAACCACCCCUCACUUGCCCUUACUGGGGACCCUACGCCGCCCUAGAAUGUAACUCCGUAGGCAUUUUGCAUCAGUAUAGCCAGAGGCAGUGACUGGGUGUCAAUCAACCACUUAAAACCUGCCUACCUUGAGGAAGAGGAUUCCACGCCUAUAUUGCCACUUGUUGACAACCCAACUUCUACCUCACACCACCUGAGUGCAUGUCCUCCUGCACCAUCCCCUAAAGAUGGACCUUGCCCCACCUCGUCCCGCACUGGACGGCUCAUCCAACAGCCUGACCGUCUUGACCUCUGACCAGGCAAGGACUCUCUUGUUGGGGGAGUAUUUGUAAUGCUGUUUUAAGUCAUCCCUUCAGUACAGCAUCCUCGAAGAGAACAGAACAGUUUGGCAGUGACUAAAAACAAACUCACAAAAUCUCAUUAAUAUGCUUUUUCCUUGAUAGUUAAUUGUCCACUCAUCCCAUUCAAGUUUUACCUUUAUAUUCUAGAUUUUUUUGUUUUGUAUUUCAUUACAGUCAUUACCCAUAUUAUUCACUCACUGCAUUAUUUGCAUAGGUUUCAAGAUUUGUAUAUUUAUAUUUGGUAUUUGUUACAUAUGCUCAAGGUGCGAAUAAACCUCGUCCAACCGGAA